GAAGGCGUGCGGUCUGUAGAGCAAGGAAAGCACCAGCAUUUGUCCAGAGCUGUGAAGAGAGGGGGGGAUAUCACUCUCAGAAAUCGGUCGGGACAACAAACUUGUGGUUGUGGAGUAGUUUUUUUUUUUUUUCUCCCCUUCUCCCCCCCAUUAUGGCUGACCAUCUUUUACAUUAUAAUGAUUCAGCUGGGGUUGGGAACAGGUUCGCCCGCAAAGGUGCUUUGCGGCAGAAAAAUGUGCACGAAGUGAAAAACCACAAGUUUAUUGCGAGAUUUUUCAAGCAGCCGACGUUCUGCAGUCACUGUACAGAUUUCAUAUGGGGAUUUGGGAAACAAGGAUUUCAAUGCCAAGUGUGCUGUUUUGUGGUCCACAAACGGUGCCACGAGUUUGUCAGCUUCUCGUGUCCCGGUGCCGACAAGGGUCCUGAUACAGAUGACCCCAGAAGCAAGCACAAGUUCAAGAUUCACACAUACGGCAGUCCAACCUUCUGUGACCACUGUGGCUCGUUGCUGUACGGGCUCAUCCACCAAGGGAUGAAAUGUGACACCUGCGACAUGAACGUGCACAAACAGUGUGUGGUCAAUGUGCCGAGCCUGUGUGGGACGGACCACACUGAGCGUCGGGGUCGCCUGUUCCUCAAGAUAGAGGUCAGCGGAGACAGGCUACAUGUUACAGUGGGAGAAGCCAGGAACCUGAUUCCUAUGGAUCCAAAUGGUUUAUCAGACCCAUAUGUUAAACUCAAGCUCAUCCCGGAUCCAAAGAAUGAGACCAAACAGAAGACCAGGACCAUCCGUUCCUCUCUCAACCCAUGCUGGAAUGAGUCUUUCACCUUUAAACUGAAAGCAUCAGACAAGGACCGUCGUCUGUCCAUUGAGGUGUGGGACUGGGACCGAACCACUCGGAACGACUUCAUGGGGUCCAUGUCGUUUGGUGUGUCUGAGCUCAUCAAAGCGCCUACCGCUGGAUGGUACAAGCUGCUGAACCAGGAAGAGGGAGAGUACUACAAUGUUCCCAUUCCCGAGGUGGAUGACGUCAACCUUGAGCUUCGACAGAAGUUCGAGAAAGCCAAACUGGGCCACGGGAAGAAAGUGAUCACACCAUCAGACCACCGACGGUUCAGCUUCCCUUCAGGGAACAUGGACCGGGUCCGACUCAAUGACUUCAACUUCCUGGCCCUGCUCGGGAAAGGCAGCUUUGGCAAGGUGAUGCUGGCUGAGAUGAAGUCAACGGAGGAGCUGUACGCCAUAAAGAUCCUGAAGAAAGACGUCGUGAUCCAGGAUGAUGAUGUUGAAUGUACGAUGGUGGAGAAGAGAGUCUUGGCCCUGAGAGAUAAGCCGCCCUUCCUCACGCAGCUCCACUCCUGCUUCCAGACAGUGGAUCGGUUGUACUUUGUGAUGGAGUACAUUAACGGAGGAGACCUCAUGUAUCAUAUCCAGCGUAUGGGCAAGUUUAAGGAGCCACAGGCAGUGUUUUAUGCAGCAGAGAUUGCUGUCGGUUUGUUUUUCUUGCACCGAAAGGGAAUCAUCUACAGGGAUCUGAAGCUCGACAAUGUGAUGCUGGACUACGAGGGCCACAUCAAGAUAGCAGACUUUGGCAUGUGUAAGGAAAACAUGUACGAAGGAAUGACCACACGCACCUUCUGUGGCACCCCAGACUACAUUGCACCAGAGAUUAUAGCAUACCAGCCUUAUGGAAAAUCAGUGGACUGGUGGGCCUAUGGAGUCCUUCUGUAUGAGAUGCUGGCAGGACAGCCGCCGUUUGAUGGCGAAGAUGAGGACGAGCUCUUCCAGUCUAUCAUGGAGCACAACGUGUCCUACCCCAAGUCCAUGUCUAAAGAAGCGGUGUCCAUCUGCAAGGGACUGAUGACCAAGCAUCCCUCAAAGCGUCUCGGCUGUGGCCCGGAGGGUGAGAGAGACAUCAGAGAGCAGGCCUUCUUCAGACGCAUCGACUGGGACCGCCUGGCCAACAGAGAGAUCCAGCCACCAUUUAAACCCAAAGUGUGCGGUAAAGGAGCAGAAAACUUUGACAAGUUUUUCACGCGUACCCAACCCGUCCUCACCCCUCCGGACCAGCUGGUCAUCGCCAACAUCGACCAGAGCGAGUUCGCCGGCUUCUCCUACAUGAACCCUCAGUUCACCCAUCCAUCCCUGCACAGCGUGGUAUGAGGAGAGGAAGUGGCGAUUUCAAAGAAUAAAAGAAAAUAAAAACAAAAGCAUGACUGUCACUGAAUACAGGUUCCUUCCAGUCUCAGCCAAACACCCCGCUGUCAACAGACUCACAUCAUCCUCUGCAGUGCUCUGUCUACUGUUCAUCAACACCCAUAUCAAGAAAUGACAGAGUAGGAAGCAAAGUGUGAAAACCAUGUAUGUACAAUCUAAAGAGAAUCACUUUCCCAAACAUCUCACAGUAUCUUCUUUACUCUAAAUCUAUAGCUGUUUCUCCAGACCUGCAGCCUUUACCUGGUGAAUGAAUGUGUCUCAGUAUCAGCUACUUUCUCUUUAGGUAUUAAAUCUGUUUUCCCUCUCAUCCCACCGCUCACGUUCUCCAUCAUCUCCCCACACAAAGAGCUGCAAUGCACAACAAAUAUGGAACCUAUUUUUCUGCUCUGUCUGCUACAUGUGUAUAUUAUAUUUAUAUACUAAAAAAAAAAAAAAAAGAGGUAGUAUACUGUUACAUGAGUGCCAAAGUAGAAGUGGAAGAAUACAUUUCUGUUGCUGUCCUUGUAAUGUUUUUUCUCCACCUCCCCCCUCUGGCCUUUUUCCCAGUGGUGUCAACACACUGAAAACCCCUUAAACAGGGGCUGUUUGUAUCUGUUGUUUUGUAGGACGUGUGACUACAGUAUAUCUAACCCAACACGGAGAAGCUGAAUCAAACUGUGCUACAGUUACAAACUGUUUAGGCCUUUUCAAUGCAACAGAUGUUGCCUACAGUGGCUAUAGGGUCAGAAAAGCGUGGCUGAAAGAGGCGGUGUUUUUAAGUCUAAAGAUGCUAUUUUCCAUAUGCACAAAGCAGAUCUCUGUUGCAUGCUUAUUUUCUGACUCUGUACGAGCAGUAGACUCUAGGAUGCAUUACACGUCUGGUAUCAUUGUAAAGUUUAGUAUUAUGAUAUAAACAAUGUUGAUAUAUAAUUGUUGUACGUUUAUUCUGAAGAAAAGUUUCUAAUUGGAAAAACGAAAGGGUUUGUUCCUGUUUUCUGUUCUUUUAUGUCCAGAGAGAUGUCUUACCCUCUGUUUUAAGUCAACCAUAUGUUUAUCUUUUUUCUUUUUUUGUAAAUAUGUUUCAAAGCGAUGUUUGGAAAAGGCGAGUUACUUGCAGAUUUUAUACUAUGAACUGAAUGUGCUUUUAUUACUGUAGAUGGUUUGGACAUUUCUAUGUUUAGAUUAGCCCUAAGAAGAGAUAUAUAACGUUUGGCUGAAUCUUUGGUAGCUUUGGUAUCAGCAAACCUUGUUAUAUGUAUUUCCACUAUUUAUCCAUUGUUUUCUACUCCGUGUCAUAUAGAGAAUAUGCAGCACUUACUGUACAGUGGAACCGUUGAACGCCCUCUUGCCUUGGUCGUCUCAGGGCUGAUUCCUUCUGUAACAAACCACAUUAAUGCUAUGAGGAUUUUGGAGCCCUCCCGAGGGCUGAAAUAUGUCCUUUCUUUAUAUAUUGUGUGCAUGCGCGAGGCGAGGCCUGAUCUAAGCAUGAGAAAGACCCUUGCAUGAUACAGAGGUCCCUGGUGUGGAGCAUGAAGUUUCCCACCUUACCGCACAGAAUUAGACCCCCCUUCCCCCCCCCCGUCCAACCAGCAUUGUGCGCUUUCAUGUCUCUUCCCAGUUCGCUGUCAUGUAGCCGGACCUGUUUGGCUAAAAUGCUGAAAUAUAAACAGACAAAUGUGUGUAAAUUGCUUCUAAUGGCUUUUUGUUUACCGGUGCCAAACAGUCUUUUUGUUUUCAGUCAGGUGUGUCAAGGAGAUUGUUUAUCUAUGUAUUUCUUUAUUUAAAAAAAAAAAAAAGACCAAUAUGUACAAAUUAAAACAGUGAAACUUCAAAAAGAACUGCCAAAUUAAGGAAGGCUUUCUACCACAGCUCUUAACCCCUGAAUCACUUAUGCACCAUGAAGACUGGUGUUGCAGCUGUCGCGUACAUCUGGACCAAAAUGAAAUCUCUAAGGUUAAUCAGCGUGUUUACAUGUCUCACAUUGAGAAUCUGAACUGAAGGAGGGAUUAAAAAAACAAGCAUACAAACAAACAAAAGAAACAAUGAACCCCAUAACAGAGAUCAUCAUAUGUUGGGUACAGAACCACUACAGGCUACAAUUAGAGCCACAGGGAUGUUUGUAUGUUUCUUUCACUGCCCUUACUUUUGUUAACCUGCUUCUUCUUGGUCCUCUGUUAUUUGUGGUAUGACGGAUACUGUGUAUAAAUAAAGUAUGAAAAUUAAAAUAAUCCUC